GAGGCCCAGGCCGCCUCCUCCGAAGUCAGUUCUCGACCCGAGCAUCCACCACCAACCCUCCUUCACCUCCCCAUUUUCUCGCCAGACAACCGCGUCCAUCGUACCGGAGACACGCGAUCCAGCGGCGGGAACCCAUGCUGCAGCUAUAGAGACGAGUGAGGACACCCCUCCCCUUCCCGUCGAGGCGCGAUGUCCGGCGCGCUCCCAUCAUCCAUCUGCCCCCUCGUCGUGCUUGCCCCUUGCUAACGCGGUGGUGCUCCCGCAGGUCUGCACAGAGGAGCGGCGCCCAUCCCGUGGCCAACAACGGGAGGGAGAGCACGCACGCGCAGAAGCGAACUCUCCCCCGGAUUCCCGACGCCAUCAUGUCCUCCAACACGAGAGCAUCGCGGUCGGCGUCGCGGUACUCGAGCCCUGCGCACCCGCCGCCCCACGCCGCUGCUGCUGCCGGGGGUUUGAACGGGACGCUCGAGGCGGCCGGCUCCAAGGGGCCCGUGAAUGAGGGCUCGAGGGCCUUUAUGGCUCGGUGGCUGGAGCCGGCGGUGCAGGCCAGGCCGAGCUUCGAGGAGGCGGGAUUGAUGCGGCACGGAGUGCUGGAGAACAUGGCACCCCUGGGCGCCCUGCCCAAGCCCAAGAGGCCGUCGGGCGAGACGGGAGGCACCGUCGUCCGCAAAAUCAUUCUUCGCCCGUCCGGGUCCGCGGCCAACUCAUCCUCGCCUGCCAUCACCAACAAUACCACCACUACCACCACUACCACCACCGGGGCUGCUGCUGCUGCUACGGGCGCCCCUGUCACCGCCGCCACCAGUACCAGCACCACCAGCACUGCACAAGACACCUCCAUGCCAGACGCGCAUCGGGCACAGCAGAAAUCGCCGCCCACAUCCCCACCCCCGCCAGCUUCCCCCGUGCAAGUUGCACCCGCACGCAGGAAGUCUUUACCCACCGCCAAAGUCAUGGAAGCCGAGGGCGACGACGACGAUGAGUACGACCCCAAGGGAGAGAACUCGCGCCGGAGGCGGUCCAAACGCGUUUCCAUGCCCGCGAGAAAAGCUCGGCGAGGCUCCGUCAUCAUGGCCAAAACGGAAGCCCCGGUGCGGAGCACCCCCAAGAAGCGCCCUGCCCGCGUGGACCCCGAGGACCGGGCCUUGACCGACAAAGUUGUCGAGGUGGCGGUGGACGAGGCGCUCAAGCAUUAUCGCUAUCCUACGGCGUGGGCCCUGAGGACGCUCUACGACGAACGGCGCGACGAGGCCGAGUUUGUGGCCAUGGUAGAAGACGUGUUCAAGCAAACGGCGGACGCGGAGACGAUGCAGCAAUUUUCGCGCCUCAUGGAGGAGAAGAAGCGCGAGGGAAAGCGGGACAAUCAGGGCUGCUACUACUUUGUGCCUCCCACCACCAACAGCCGCUUCACUCCGCACAAGCCAAAACCUGCACCAUACGCAGGGCUCCUGCGCACCAGCAGCAGCGGCGACGACUCGGCUGAGGCAACACCGGGCGGCACCGCCGAGCCGACAGCAGCAGCAGCAGCAGCGGCGGCGGCGACGCCAGGGGCAGGCGAGACGCGGGCUGCCAAGAAGGCCAAAUUGUCGCAUGCCAGCGUCGAUGCCGUCGCAAGCGCCUCUCCCGCCGCAGCCGCGGCGACGACGCCCCGCAAGGCAGGCAGCGACAGCAAGGUCGGCACCGUGGUGGUCAACGUGCGGACACCGCGAUCGUCGCGCAGCAAGAGGCACGCGCGGCGGGAGUCGGGAUCGAGCAUCUCGUCGCUGUCUUCGGCCAUGAGCCUGUCGUCGCCCGAGAUUAGCGCGGCGAGCCUGCGGGGGGCGGCGGCGAGGGCCAAGACCAAGAUCAAGAUGACCAAGUCGACGGCGACGACGGCGGGGGCGGGCAGCCAUCAGCGCCGCGCGGCAAGGCAUCGUGACCGCGACGACGAGGACGACGGCGACGGCGACAGCAACAACAACCAUCGCCAUCGCCACCACCACCACCAUGGUCACAAUCACAAUCACAACCACAACGACGAGGAAGAGGACGGCAACGACGAUGUGAUGCAAACCAGCCCAUCGCUCAAGCUCCGUAGGGGGGGAGGCGGCGCUGGAGGAGUCGCUGCCACCACGCCGGGGCCUGCUGGGCCCCAGUCCCAUCAUCAUGCGGAUGCGCCAAAAUCCCAGCCAAUCACCACCCGCGGCAAAACACUCGCCUCCAGCAAGCAGCACGCCGUGUCCAACGCAUCUGAAUCAAACUCUCCCACCCUUCCUCCUCAUCAUCGUUCAUCGGGCCGCACUCGUUCUCAUCGCACGCCCGCCGUCGAUGAUGCCAGCACUAUGCCCGGCCGCCUCGCCACGUCGGACGCACCAGAGCUCUUCCCCAACCUGCCCGUCAAGGCCGCGUCCUCAUCGGCCAAGGCGGCCAAGGAUCCUCCUAUGCACGGCGCCGAGGACGCGGACGAGUCGUUCUGGGACAGGCGACGGGAUGCACGCAGGGUCACCAACGGCUACACGGCCCACGACAGCGCCGUGAGGGGGUCGCGGGAGGAGGCGCUCGCGACGCCGGUCCGGACCACGCGGAAGACGCGCCAGUCGCUCGCCGCCGCCGUCACGGCGCCCCCGAGCACUCGCGCCACGCGAUCGGCCAGCAAGCGCCCGGCCGAGGACGUCGUCGAGAGAACCGACUCUCCCGCGGCCUUUUCGUGGCAGGGCGACGGUGGAUCUGUUCUGGGGUCUCGCGCCGCGACGCCCACGCUGCGCCCGGCCAAGAAGCAGCGGACGGGGCUACGCGUCAAGUCAUCGCCAGUUAAGAAGAAGGGAGGCACGGCUGCGGGCGUCCCGAGGUCGCUGGGCGAGGCCAACGCGACGCUCAACAACGGGGCGCCAAAGGACUCGACUUCGGACAACGAUGAGUACUGCUCGGCGUGCGGCAACGCUGGCGACGUCGUCUGCUGUGACGGCUGCCCGCGCUCGUUCCACUUCGAGUGUGUCGACAUGGUGCCGUCCGAGGACCUGCCCGACGAGUGGUACUGCAACGAGUGCCUGAUCCGUCGCUUCCCGUCGCGCGUCCCCGUUCACAGGGGUAUCUUCGCCAGCGCCCUCAACCACCUUGAGAAGAGCAUCCCGCGCGCCUUUAGCCUGCCCAAGCGCAUCCAGAACCGCUUCGAGGGCGUCAAGGCCGGCGCCGAUGGCGACUACGAGGACGUGGUCGCCAACAAGACGGCAAAGAAGCGGAACGGCUACGACGAGCUGCCCGAUUUCUUCAAGCAACGUGAAGAUGGCCAGGCCGUGCUGUGUCACGCCUGCCAGCGGCCCGCUACCGAGAUUCGGUCAAUCAUCCCCUGCAGCGCCUGUCCGCUCUACUGGCACAUUGACUGCCUGGACCCACCGCUGGCCGUUCCCCCCGUCUUGAAGGCGUGGCGCUGCCCGGCCCAUGUCGAUGAUAUCCUCAUCGAGGUGCCCAGUCUCGCGCCGGCCCACCGCUUCCGCAAGGUCAAGGCUGCCCAGGCCAUUGCGCCCGCCCUCAGCCGUGGCCUGAAGAACAAUGGCCACAUCGAAAUCGAGUGGAGCGAGGAGCCUGACGAUGCCGACGACUCGGGCUGGCCCGAUGCGCAGUCCUUUGGCCGCACAUACAAGCUGGCCGCCAAGGGCGUCGUCCUUGACUUCAUUGAGCAGCUUCGACGUCGGGGCGCCGGAUAUGGAUCCAGACGGCACGAAUCGAAGCGCGUGCCGUAUCCGUCUCCGCCGACACAGCAAGACCCGUCGUGUCCCCUUCCUGGCUCUGCCCUCGAGCGCAAGGUCGAGGAGAUGCAGGUGUCUCUCAAUCUGAUUGGCCUCCAGCAGAAGCGGUCUGAUGGCAUCGGCCAGCUCACCUCUGCUCUCUUGUCUGCUGCCGACCCGAGUGUCCUGUCUCUGAUGGCCAAGAGCAACGCGGACAACAUCGCCUCUGGUCAUCUGACGGAAGAUGACAAGCUAGGCCUGCGCGCCACGCUUGCGCAGAUGGAGGCGAUGAGUGCCCGCAUACGACAAGUCUUGGGCGACGAGAAACCGCUCCUGGAAAGCUCGACCGGAGCCGCCGAUGCGCGCACUCCCAUUUCGGAACCUUCGGGCAUCCGCGAAUCUUCGGAGAAGCUGGAGCAGCUCCCCCUCGUCACCGAGCCUACUCCUCCGUCUACAAUUGAUCAUGCGGAAGGCUCCAUGGACCUCGACUGAAGCGACCUCCGCAGCGCGUCCGAGGCCCUCGUUGGCCGCGUCGCGAAGCCCUCUUCCUUGACAUGUAUCAGUUCCGCUCACUGGGUGCCCGCAUAGCCCUGCUCUCAGCCCGCCCACCUUUACGAUGAUACCUCUUUUAUUCUAUUUUUGCAAUCCGCUGGAGUUGGGAGGAAAAUUGGCAUCGGGUCAUGACCAUCGUCACCGCGAUUUGGGUGUUGCUGGAGACGAUGCGCACCCCUUUUUUUGUUUUACUUGUUUCCACCCCUGCUCGCAGUUGAGCCCAAGCUGUGCCGGGGUAGUUAUUCUAUCUUCUUCUUUGCGGCGGCCCCGGUUGCCGAGCAGCCGAGCAGAAGACAGAGCUCGGGAUGACGCGACGCACGGGCCCAGACAAGCCACUCUCGUGGAGGACGCCAUAUCGUGUGGUCAUCCGAAGUAAGAAAGACCCCUUAAUGAGCCCCUCGCAUUGAGUUUGGCGAGGAAGCUGCAGACGCACCUUGCCCAAGAUGCGGACGUGAGAGACAGAGAGAGAGAGAGCGCGAGACAGUCGGCGGCGGAUGGGAGGCUGAUUUUGCAUGCACUGUGUUGUAUCAUAGCCGCGUCGUGCCUUCGGAGAGGACGGAAGAAGACGAACAAGACGAAGACGAACAAGGCGACGACGCCGAAGACGAGGACGAAAGGAGAGGCGAGGCAGAGGAAACGACUAGGGGAGGCCGGAAUGAAACGAGGCGUAUAGUAGCAGUGUUCAGUGUAGUGGGGGUCGGCCAUGAAAUCCAAACGAGCAAAGGAUGUCGUCACCCCGUCCAUCCUUGCACACCUGUCCGUCCA